GCUGUCGCGGCGGCUCGAGCAGGAUCUCAGACGCGGUAUCGCGGCGGCGGCAGCGGCGCAGCUCCUCCGGGUCCCCUCCCUCCUCCGCUCCCCUUUCCUCCCUCCCCCCCCCCCGCCGUGGUUCCCGAGGAGUCCGAGACGUGCGGCGAGGCGGCGACAAGCUCUGGGGUCAACUCACUAUCCAGAAAGUCCAUCCUCCCCAGAAGGGACAGAAAGGAAGACCUCUUUGUAAGAAAGGCUUGGGUAUCCCAUGAACCAGACAACAGAAAACCGAUUGGGGUGCAGCAGGACUCCAGAGCCAGAUAUCAGGCUCAGAAAAGGGCACCAGCUGGAUGGUACAAGGAGAGGUGAUAAUGACAGCCACCAAGGAAAUUUGGAACCUGUUUUAGAGGCAUCUGUUCUUUCUUCCCAUCAUAAAAAAAUCUCUGAGGAAUAUGAGUGCAAUGAUGAAGCUUCUCAGGAAGAUGAGGGGUUUAUGGGCAUGUCCCCUCUUUUACAAGCCCAUCAUGCUAUGGAAAGAAUGGAAGAAUUUGUUUGUAAGGUAUGGGAAGGUCGGUGGCGAGUAAUCCCUCAUGAUGUACUACCAGACUGGCUCAAGGAUAACGAUUUCCUUUUACAUGGACAUCGGCCCCCAAUGCCUUCUUUCCGGGCCUGUUUUAAGAGCAUUUUCAGAAUACACACAGAGACGGGUAACAUCUGGACACAUCUUUUAGGUUGUGUAUUCUUCCUGUGCCUGGGGAUCUUUUAUAUGUUUCGCCCAAACAUCUCCUUUGUGGCCCCUCUUCAAGAGAAGGUGGUCUUUGGAUUAUUUUUCUUGGGGGCCAUUCUCUGCCUUUCUUUUUCAUGGCUCUUCCACACGGUCUACUGCCACUCAGAAGGGGUCUCCCGGCUGUUCUCUAAACUGGAUUAUUCUGGCAUUGCUCUUCUGAUUAUGGGAAGUUUUGUUCCAUGGCUUUAUUAUUCUUUCUACUGUAAUCCACAACCUUGCUUUAUCUACUUAAUUGUCAUCUGUGUGCUGGGCAUUGCGGCCAUUAUAGUUUCCCAGUGGGACAUGUUUGCUACCCCUCAGUAUCGAGGAGUAAGAGCAGGAGUAUUUUUGGGCCUUGGCCUGAGUGGAAUCAUUCCUACCUUGCACUAUGUCAUCUCGGAGGGAUUCCUGAAGGCCGCCACCAUAGGACAGAUUGGCUGGCUGAUGCUGAUGGCCAGCCUCUAUAUCACAGGCGCCGCCCUCUAUGCUGCCCGCAUCCCUGAACGCUUUUUUCCUGGCAAGUGUGAUAUCUGGUUUCACUCUCAUCAGCUGUUUCACAUCUUUGUGGUUGCUGGCGCUUUUGUUCACUUCCACGGCGUCUCAAACCUCCAGGAGUUCCGUUUCAUGAUUGGCGGAGGCUGCAGUGAAGAGGAUGCACUGUGACACCUUCCAGAAGCCGGGGACUGUGACCCUGAACAGGGCCUGCAGCGUCUGCAGGCCUCCCUUACUGGCCAUUGAUGCCAGUGCCAGAGGAGCCCCAAAACUUGGACAGCCUCGUGGGCUUUGUGAUGCCCCUGGGGCUCCACCUGGUACACGACUGAGAAGAGAAAAACAAAAAUAAAUCAUACCUCAAAGGAU